UGCUUUCAGCAGAAGACCAGAGAUAGAAUUGAAAGGAAUCAUUUUCACUUGCAUCUUGACUCCGACAGAUACCGAUAGAUAUCGUAUCGUACGAGGAGGACCCUCUACUGCAAAUUCCAUAGCUGUAUUGGUACAUGGCUUCUAGUAUUAGGCUUGAGUUUGGCAGAUAUCAGAUUGCUUCCCAGUACUAAUACGACAUUUCCCCCUCUAAUAUUUGGCAUAAAUAAGAGGGUGCGUAAUUAACUGAGUGGUGGUACCACUCAACCGAAGAAAAUGGUAAUGACUUGUUUCUCUUGCUUCUUCGGAGAGCAGGGUGACUCAUCUGCUAGGCGAACUAGGGAAAUUGAUGGAGUGCUCUCAGUCCUUCAGAAUGUCAAACUCUAUUCUUAUAAAGAAUUACGAAUUGCCACGGAAAAUUUCAGUCCAGCAAAUAAAGUCGGUCAGGGAGGUUUUGGUUUUGUCUACAAGGCGAAAUUAAAGGAUGGUACAGUGGCAGCUAUAAAGGUGCUGUCAGCCGAGUCAAAACAAGGCGUUCAAGAGUUUUUGACAGAAAUCAAUGUGAUUGCAAAUAUACAGCAUGAUAACCUGGUUAAGCUAUAUGGUUGUUGUGUUGAGGAAAGUCACAGGAUUUUGGUCUACGGCUAUCUCGAGAACAAUAGUCUUGCACAAAUUUUUCUUGGCGCAGGCCACAGUAGCAUCCAAUUUGGUUGGCAUACGAGGCGUAGAAUUUGCAUCGAUGUGGCGCGUGGCCUGGCUUUCCUACAUGAGGAGGUCCAGCCACAUAUCAUUCACAGAGACAUCAAAGCCAGCAACGUCCUCUUAGACAAAGAUCUGAGGGCAAAAAUUUCUGACUUUGGUCUUGCAAAGCUUAUCCCCGGCAGUAUGACCCAUAUUAGUACCCGUGUUGCUGGAACAGCAGGUUACCUGGCACCUGAAUACGCCAUACGAGGUCAGGUGACGAGGAAAGCGGAUAUAUACAGUUUUGGUGUGUUGCUAUUAGAGAUUGUUAGUGGGAGGAGCAAUACAAACAGGCGGUUACCAGAAAAAGACCAGUAUCUCCUUGAACGGGCAUGGUAUCUAUAUGAGAGAGGGGGGCUUGCCGAGUUGGUAGACUCGUCAUUAAACGAUGAUCUCAAUCUUGACGAGGCUUGUAAAUUUAUAAAGAUUGCUCUACUCUGCACUCAAGACAUGCCGAAGAUCAGGCCAACCAUGUCUACUGUUGUUGAGAUGCUAAGUGGGGACAAAGAUGUGAAUGACAUGACGGUAUCGAAACCAGGAUUGCUUUCUGAGUUCAUGGGUCUGAAAGGUGGAGGAGAUGAAAAAGAUAAGGUCAACACAAAAUAUUCGUCUGACGCAGUAUUUGUAGACUCGGGGAAAACAUCUUCAUCAGGCAUGGACACUUCAAUUGCUACCAUGACCUUCAAUUCUAUAUAUGACCGGAGUAAUUAGUUAAGUAAAGCCUCCUUGUUUGGUAACGUUUUAAAAGUAGAGUGUUUUUUUUUUUUUUUUUUUCUUUAACCAAAAUUCAAUGAAAUUUUGCUCCAGAAUUUGUAUAAAAAAAAAAAAACUAAAAUGUGAGUCAAACAAAUCUUUUGUACUUGCCUAAUUUC